UUUGUGCAGUGCAGACGACAGACGACAGUCGACAGUCGAGUCACAGAUUCAUUCAUCAAUAAAGAGCAGCAGUAACACAGGAAGACAGGAAAAGAAAGGGCAGCCAGUGACAGAAAGAGAACGAGCCAAAGGAGAGCAGUCAUAAGUGCAUAAGGAGCGGCGGAAAGGAGAACAGAACUGCCAGAAUGGAACGACUGUUGACCAUGUUCGAGGAGGCGGAUCCCUUCUCCACGUGGUGGCCCACGAUAGCGGCCCUCGCGGUGGGCCUCGUGAUUACAGUGCGGACCAUAAUGAGCGGCCAACGAUGUCCCAACGACAAUCAAAUCAAGGAGCAAAUUGUCGUCAUCACUGGCGGGAACGGCGGCAUCGGUUACGAGAUAGCCAUGGCCCUGGCCGGUCGCGGAGGUCGCAUAAUCCUCGCCUGCCGCAACAUGAAGGCCGGCGAGCGUGCUGCUGCCGUCAUCAAGCGGGAGCUCGGCUGUCGCACACCCUGCUACCCGGACGACGACACCAAUCCGGCGGACCGCUACUUUGUGGAGGCGCGCUACUUGGACCUCAACUCGUUUCGCAGCGUCCACCACUUUGCUGGCCAGCUGAUGGCCGAGUUCGACCGCGUCGAUGUGCUGGUCAACAAUGCCGGCCUGGUCUUCGCCAACACCCACCUGCCCACGCCGGACGGCUUUGAGCAGCACAGCCAGGUGAACUACCUGGCUCCGUUUCUGCUGACACAGCUGCUGCUGCCACACCUCCAGCGCUCGGAGCAGGGACGCAUUGUGUUCGUCUCCGCCCAUGCCCACCAGUCAGCCAAAAUCGAUUUCGACGAUCCCCUCAAUGUGGGCACAUGGGCCGUCAAGUUCCAUGCCCGCGAUGCCUUCGCCCACUCAAAGCUGGCCGUUCUGCUGGCCACGCGCUGGCUGGCCAAGGAGCUCAAAGGUACCUCGGUCACGGUCAACUGCUGCACGCCCGGCCUCGUGCGCGGCACACGGCACUUUCGCAAUUCGCCUCUGAUGUCGUCUAUUUGUGUGCGAGUGGUCACCUUUCCGUGGAUGUGGAUAUUCAUGAAGAACCCGUACGAGGGCGCCCAGUGUGCCAUUCGACUGGCCACGGAUCCCCAGCUGAAGGAAGUCAGCGGCGAGUACUUCAAUGACUGCGAAGUUGCGGCAAGCUCGGAGCCUGGGCAGGACAAGGAGCUGGCCAAGAAGUUGUACAUGCAAACGAUAAAAACACUCGAGAGCGUUACCAAACUAACAGUCGACAGGGAGACGUACGCGGUGGAGCAAGAGUCGGAGCCAGUGCUGAGGCUGGAGACGGCACCGGAAACGGAAACGAACCAGUCGGAGGAGAGCGAGUUGGAGUUGGGGAUGGAGGAGCAGCAGCCGUUGGAGUGAUUUAUGCCUGGCACGCGGCCCGUCGUCUUCGGAGACUGCCACUGCAACGUCUAUUUGCAUUUGGUUUAACAAUUGCCGCAUUAGGCAGCAGCCCCAGCCAGACUCUGGCCACUUAGCAGAGACUUUUUUAUGGGUCUGCAAUUGCAGCUGCAACUGCCACCGAAGCCAAGCCGAAAGCCAAAGCCAAAGC